CUUCCGCCGCCGCCGGCCACCUGCAGGCAGUGGUGUCGAGCGCCGAGCUCCGGGAUCCGCGCUGGGAGGGAGGCCGAGGUUGGCGGCGCAGUCUCGGGAGGCGGAAUGAGUUUGGCUGGGGGCCGGGCCCCGCGGAAGACCGCGGGGAACCGGCUUUCUGGGCUCCUGGAGGCAGAGGAGGAAGAUGAGUUCUACCAGACGACUUAUGGGGGUUUCACGGAGGAAUCAGGAGACGAUGAGUAUCAAGGGGACCAGUCAGACACAGAGGACGAGGUGGACUCUGACUUUGACAUCGACGAAGGGGAUGAGCCAUCCAGUGAUGGAGAAGCAGAAGAGCCGAGAAGGAAGCGCCGCGUCGUCACCACAGCCUAUAAGGAGCCUCUGAAGAGCUUGAGGCCUCGAAAGGUCAGCACCCCAGCUGGUGGCUCUCAGAAGGCCCGAGAAGAGAAGGCGCUGCUACCGCUGGAAUUGCAGGACGAUGGCUCUGACAGUCGGAAGUCCAUGCGACAGUCUACAGCCGAACAUACACGACAGACUUUCCUUCGGGUACAGGAGAGGCAGGGCCAGUCACGGCGGCGAAAGGGGCCCCACUGCGAGCGGCCACUGACCCAGGAGGAGCUGCUCAGGGAGGCCAAGAUCACAGAGGAGCUCAACUUACGCUCACUGGAGACGUACGAGCGGCUGGAGGCGGACAAGAAGAAGCAGGUUCACAAGAAGCGGAAGUGCCCGGGGCCCAUCAUCACCUACCACUCAGUGACGGUGCCGCUGGUUGGGGAGCCAGGCCCCAGGGAAGAGACCGUGGACGUGGAAGGACUCGAGCCUGCCCCCACGGCUUCCGCAUUGACUGCCAGCACCGGGCCCGGGCCCGCCGUCCCUCCUGCCCGCUGCUCACGUACUUUCAUCACCUUUAGCGACGAUGCGACAUUUGAGGCAUGGUUUCCCCAAGGGCGGGCCCCAAAGGUCCCUGUUCGGGAGGUGUGCCCAGUGACCCAUCGCCCCGCCCUGUACCGGGACCCUGUGACAGACAUACCCUACGCCACUGCUCGAGCCUUCAAGAUCAUCCGCGAGGCCUACAAGAAGUACAUCACUGCCCACGGGCUGCCGCCCGCCGCCUCGGCCCUGGGCCCGGGGCCGCCACCCCCUGAGCCCCUGCCUGGCUCUGGGCCGCGAGCCUUGCGCCAGAAAAUCGUCAUCAAAUGAGGUGUCUCGUCCUCAGACACCUGUUUCCUGCCCUGACGUGGGGCUCUGUGUUCCCCUUUCUCUCCCUGCUUCCCUUUGUCAUCUCUACCCUUUGCCCAGCCUUUUUCUGUAUCCCUUUCACCAUCUUUCCCCCAGUUCCUCCUGGUGUUCUGUUCUUCAAUCUAAUAAAAUAGAAAGGUCCCUUUUGUCUGGUGUCUAAUCUACAA